AUGUCGAGCCUGAAUAGCUUUGCCGAAGCCACCACAACAAGAUACAGAUCGCCUAUACCUCCAAACGUCGAGAUCGCCAAAACAAAACCUGCAUUCGCCCAGAUUCAAAAUGCCAACUUAGGAACACUCGUCUGGCCUGAAAAUGGCGGGUACUAUCUCAAGUAUCCGGACGGCAAGGUCGUCGCUAUCGCUUCUGAUCGUCUCUGUUCUGUUAUGGACGAUUCCUACAUAGUGCUCUAUUUUAAUCUCGAGAGGGAAGGUUUGCAAGAAGAGGCUGAGGAGACAUUGGAGGACUUACGCAAAGCUGGGAUUGACGCGGAUCGGCUUAAAAGAGAGGCAAGUGACGAGAUUAAGGCUGGUUUUUGUGUUAUAGACCCUGAUGCCAGCGUGGACGCCGGUGACCAUAGUCAAUAG